CCCCGCCCCCUGCCCGCGCCGCUGCCGCUGUCGCCGCUGCCGCCGAGGGGGCCGCGGGGCUGCGGGGGGCGCCUCCGGGGCGCGGCGCGGACGCCAGGCGAGGGGGCCGCGGGCGAGCUGAAGCCCAGGGGGGCCGGGCCGCCCCCGCUGCGCCCGCCCUCCCGCCCGGGAUGCGGCGCUGAGGCCCAGCAUGGCCGGCCCGGGCCCCACCUUCCCGCUGCACCGGCUGGUCUGGGCGAACCGGCACCGCGAACUCGAGGCCGCGCUGCACAGCCGCCAGCACGACAUUGAGCAGGAGGACCCCCGGGGCCGCACUCCCCUGGAGCUGGCCGUGUCCCUGGGGAACCUGGAGUCGGUGCGGGUCCUGCUUCGACACAAUGCCAACGUGGGCAAGGAGAGCUGCCAGGGCUGGGCAGUCCUGCAGGAGGCGGUCAGCACGGGGGACCCCGAGAUGGUGCAGCUGGUGCUCCAGUACCGGGACUACCAGAGGGCCACGCAGCGGCUGGCGGGCAUCCCCGAGCUGCUUAACAAGCUCCGCCAGGCUCCCGAUUUCUACGUGGAGAUGAAGUGGGAGUUCACCAGCUGGGUGCCCCUGGUGUCCAAGAUGUGCCCGAGCGACGUGUACCGGGUGUGGAAGCGCGGCGAGAGCCUGCGCGUGGACACCAGCCUCCUGGGCUUCGAGCACAUGACGUGGCAGCGGGGCCGCCGGAGCUUCAUCUUCAAGGGCCAGGAGGAGGGCGCCCUGGUGAUGGAGGUGGACCACGACCGCCAGGUGGUGCACACGGAGACGCUGGCGCUGGCGCUGCACGAGCCCGAGGCGCUGCUGGCCGCCAUGAGGCCCAGCGAGGAGCACGUGGCCAGCCGCCUGACCUCGCCCAUCGUCUCCACCCACCUGGACACCCGCCACGUGGCCUUCGAGAGGAACAAAUGUGGUAUCUGGGGCUGGCGGUCGGAGAAGAUGGAAACCGUUAGCGGCUAUGAGGCCAAGGUCUACAGCGCCACCAAUGUGGAACUGGUGACACGCACGCGCACGGAGCACCUCUCUGACCAGGACAAGUCGAGGAGCAAAGGGGGCAAGACUCCGUUCCAGUCCUUCCUCGGCAUCGCCCAGCAACAUUCCUCCCACAAUGGGGCUUCCGUGCAGCAGGCAGCCAGCCCCACCAACCCCACGGCCAUUUCCCCGGAUGAGUACUUCGACCCCAACUUCAGCCUGGAGUCACGCAACAUUGGCCGCCCCAUCGAGAUGUCCCGCAAAGUGCAGAGGUUCAAGGCCACGCUGUGGCUGAGUGAGGAGCACCCGCUCUCCCUGGGGGACCAGGUGACGCCCAUCAUCGACCUCAUGGCCAUCAGCAACGCCCACUUUGCCAAGCUGCGCGACUUCAUCACGCUGCGCCUCCCACCCGGCUUCCCAGUCAAGAUCGAGAUUCCCCUUUUCCACGUGCUCAAUGCGCGCAUCACCUUCAGCAACCUGUGUGGCUGCGACGAGCCGCUGAGCUCCGUGUGCACGCCGGCCAGCUCUGCGCCCACAGGCGCGGGGAGCCCGUUCCCCUGCGAGGUGGACCCCGCCGUGUUCGAGGUGCCCGAGGGGUACAGUGUGCUGGGCGCGGGGCGCAGUGAGCCCCUGAGGGACGAGGACGACGACCUGCUGCAGUUCGCCAUCCAGCAGAGCCUGCUCGAGGCGGGCACGGAGGCCGAGCAGGUGACCGUCUGGGAGGCACUGACCAACACCCGGCCCGGCACCCACCCAGCACCGCGGCCCGCGGCGGCGUACGAGGAGCAGCUGCAGCUGGAGCGGGCCCUCCAGGAAAGCCUGCGAAUGUCCACAGAGCCCAGGGCCCCGGGGUCCCCCCAGAGGACGCCUCCAGCCCCGGCGCCCCCAAGCUUCGAGGAGCAGCUUCGCCUGGCCCUGGAGUUGUCUUCUCGGGAGCAGGAGGAGCGGGAGCGGCGGGGGCAGCAGGAAGAGGAGGACUUACAGCGAAUCCUGCGGUUGUCGCUCACGGAGCACUGAGCACCGGGCAGCGGCCCUGGGGAAGGCCACCCAGUAACCCCACCUUUCGCCUUUGUAACUUAUUUAUUUAUAAAACUGCG